GCCGCUUUUUGUUUAUGCUGUCGACAGCGGAUGACAGCGACUGCUGAGCUUCAGAGGAAACGCCACCGUUGUCUUCAUACAUCCAUGGUGGGAGUAAUAUGCUGCGUUUGUGAUAUUGUGAGGCUAACUAUGUUUUAAGUUAAUGUUUCGGUCUAUUUAUUAAAAGGCCUUUGUCUUUGAGAACGGGUACGGGAAAAGUUUCCUGGAUAGCUGUUCAUAGCAGUCGCAGUCCGUUAGCUAUAGCUAAACCGGAGACUGGAUCUUAAUUAGUCCAAACGGGACCAGCCCCAGGAGCCAGGAGCAGCAGUCAGUCACACCCUUGUCUGGGGUGAGGAGCCCUGUCUGCGCAGCAACCUGGAACUGCUAUCCAUCACAUGUGACGAUGUUUUAUAUAUGAUUCCCAUUAGCAUCAAGCUUCUUCUGCAGGGGUUUCCGAACAAUAUUGUGAGUUAACAGGGAAGAGUGGACUGGAUAUGACUGACUCAUCGUCAUGGCACGGACAGUGGAGAUAACCCCGAACAGUCUGUCUGCUGCAGUGCCAACCAGACAGCAUCACAGCUAACUACGUUAUUUACGUUGCUAGUUAUUUAUAUUCAAUCGUUUUUAGUACUAACUUCCCCUCAACGUGGCAUUAUAAAUACCACCAUGUAUACGUUUGUCACCCGUGACGAAAACAGCACUGUUUAUGCAGAAGUUUCCAAAAUCCUCCUCUCUUCCGGACAAUGGAAAAGGCUGAAAAGAGACAAUCCCAGAUUCAAUUUGAUGCUUGGGGAACGGAACAGACUACCCUUUGGACGUCUGGGUCAUGAACCAGGCCUGGUGCAGCUGGUGAAUUACUACAGGGGAGCAGACAAGCUUUGCAGGAAGGCGUCCUUAGUCAAGCUUAUAAAGACGAGCCCAGAGCUGUCCGACUCCUCUAACUGGUUCCCAGAAUCCUACAUCAUCUAUCCCACUAACCUCAAAACCCCUGUGGCUCCAGCUACCAAUGGAAUUAGCCACCUGAAGAGCAAUCCCAAAACAGAUGAACGAGAGUUUUUUUUGGCGUCCUAUCACUCUAAAAAAGAAAGUGGGGACGGCACAGUGUGGAUAGCCAAGUCUUCUUCUGGAGCUAAAGGUGCUGGAAUUUUGAUAUCCCAUGAUGCUAAUCAGCUGCUGGAGUACAUUGAUAAUCAGGGACAGGUUCAUGUUAUUCAGAAGUACCUGGAAAAGCCUCUGCUUCUGCAGCCGGGAAAUCGGAAGUUUGACAUCAGGAGCUGGGUGCUAGUGGACCAUCAGUACAACAUAUAUUUAUACCGGGAAGGCGUGCUGCGGACGUCCUCGGAGCCCUACAACAGCUCCGACCUGCAGGACAUGACCAGCCACCUGACCAACCACUGCAUCCAGAAGGAGCACUCCCAGAACUACGGGCGGUACGAGGAGGGGAAUGAGAUGUUCUUCGAUGAGUUCAGGCUGUACCUGCUGAACACUCACAAUGUCACGCUGGAGACCUCCAUAUUACCUCAGAUCAAACAGAUCAUCAAGAGCUGUCUGACGUGUAUCGAGCCGUCAAUCAGCACCAAGCACCUGUCCUACCAGAGCUUCCAACUCUUCGGGUUUGACUUCAUGGUGGACGAAAGCUUCAAAGUGUGGCUCAUUGAGAUCAAUGGAGCUCCAGCCUGUGCACAGAAACUGUAUUCAGAGCUGUGCCAAGGCAUUGUGGAUGUGGCUAUUUCCAGUGUGUUCACCCUGAACAGCAGCGGCGACUCCUCGUCUGCUUCCUCUUCACCUUACUCAUCCUCCCCAUAUUCCUCCUCUCCAUCCUCCAUGUUCACCACCAACUCCUGCUCCUCUCCUAAAAUAAGAGGGCCUCUUCACGUGGGCCCUUUCACUCGACUGUAAGCACACUCAAACAAUCCCCUCGUCUCCUCUGUACGGCUUCCUCCUGCUCUGUCCUCACUAGUAACUCCCAUUGAGAAGUACCUUUUGAUUGUACCUCUCCUAGCUGUGCUGCAGAAAUGAUCUUGUCAUUAUGCAUCUGGGAGGUCGGGGAUAAAUCGACAAACUUUGUGGGAGUUUCCGAAUGAGGACAGACACCCUUCCAUCUCAGUCCCAUCGCUGGUUUCUCCACAAGCAGAUUAAAGGAGGACUGAAGGAUGCUGAGACUGUAGUGCCUUACAUUUCCAGCCAUGCUCCCUUAAAAAAAACUGCCAGUUAGCUUGCUCUGUUACUGUGACUCGUACUUAUUCUAUAAGCCUUUGCACUGUUGCUCAAUAAAGUCAACGCUCCCAUGAUCAGUCAACAAUUAUUAGUGUGAAACAAAUUCAUUGGCAUUGAAUUUUUGAAAUUUUGAAUGCUAGUUUUUAUUAUAAUUCUUUUUUUAUUGACGUUUCUGUCCAGUUCAGAAUUGUGGAAAGGCUUACAGCGAUCAAAAGUUGAUACAAUUUGAAAAACUAAAAUAUAACCCUUAUCUGUCUAAUAAAUAAUGAAGAAGUCAAGAUCAAGGUUUCUCUUAACUCAGCCUUGUGGACAGAACACGAUUUGCAUUAAGGACAGAUGGUCAUAAACAGGGAGACCUUCCAGUUCUGGUAAACCCAAUCCGUCCGUACAAGUGUCCCUGACCUCUGACCUCUACAGGAGGGACAGAGAAUCCCCUGAAGGGGAUCAGUAUUAGCCAUCAUUUUUCUGUUCUUAACAAUUUGUUUAGAAAUUGUCUAUCUACAGAAAUGUUGGUGUUUUAUUUUUUGUUCGAAGAGAGCAUGUUUGUGUGAAAGCAUGUAGUACAAAGCAUCCUCAUACCAGCCCCGCAAAGUAAAGCACCUUCUGCUCUGGUUUUGUAAAGAGCUGCUCUAAUGUCUGUUUUAUUUCUGAUAUCUGAAAAGCUAGACCGUCCUUGUAGAGUGUCGUCAACACGUGUGUAGAUUGAUUUUGAGCUGUUGUAAUGGGCGUAGAGUAGAUUGUACAAAGUGUGUUACAGACCCCAUGAACUGAAGCUGACGUGAUGAACAGACAGAGAACAUACAACACUAAUUCAAAGUAUUUUCACUGCUCUUGUACAGCUUACUAUGUCAGAUGUGUUGUUACCAAAGACAGUGGGCAGCCAGCGGCUAUAAGGAAGUCACAGACACAUCUUCAUCACUGCCUCUUCUUCAGUUUUAUCUGGUGUUCAAUCAUGUCUUAACUGUUUUUUUUACACUUGUUUUAUUUGUUUAGUGAUUUUACUGUUUUGUUUCAUGGAGCCCUUGGAAUAUUUCAUUUGUCUGAAUGUCUUUGUAGAGAAAUAAGAGUCUGAGGGGAACACCUAUUUUAUGUUAAUGUUUUUAGAAGGGAAUAUUUCCUCAGACAUUGACCUUUAAAUUACCUGAAGAUUUGUGAGUUGCAUGAUGGGUAGACCACUCAUUUGGCUCCUUCUACCAGAGAAUAAGUCAGUAUAGGAGUUUUACUAUGCCUCUCCUAUUGUUAGAACCCCUGCUGUUCCUCUAUUCUGACCUUGAUUCAAGAGGCUUUACAUCCCAUGUUGUGAGUAACAUUAGUUAAGGGACAACUUUGGAGCAUUUAUUUAUGUUUGAAUUGACUGUGUUUGUGUUUACAAGAUGUAAAUGAAGGAUAAGUAAGUUGAAGGUGAGAAACAUGUGCAGAGCAGAUUACACUGACAAGAAAUGAGUUAUUGUAAAGAUAUGAUGAAUGCAUUUAUGUAUUGCAAUGCCCUGAUGUAGCUAAUAAUAAGGAAAAAUAUCAAUGUAGUUUUGUCAUUAAUUUGUGGUUACAAAUACUUUUAUUGUUUUGUUGCUGGUUAAAAAAAACAAUGCAAACAAUCAGUAUUUGCUUUUAAAUUCUUAGGGAAAAGCCUUUCCAUCGAAGGGACGGGUGCCUUAGGGGGAAUUGCAUAUUGGUGAAAAGAAGCAAUUAGACCUCCAGCGUUUUAAAGCACCUUCGUUGUUGUAUUGAAGUGGUUUCGCCUCAUUGAUAUGACCUCUUGAAUUUGAUGAUGUCAUUUUCUCAGUUGAUCAUGUUUUGUCAUAUUAUUCGUGGGUUUCCUCAUCUUUACCAAAGAUCUUAUCCCUGCUGUGUUUUCAUUGUCCAUGUUUUGUAGUUGCUGUUUUCCGGACAUUAUUGCAUCAAUUGGCCAACAACAGAAGGGUCACAUUCAGAGGGAUGUCUGUGUGCUGUGUUUUUAUUCAGUAAUGCUUUAUCCAAAAUCUUGCAUGAACAUUUGUCUUUAUCAGAAAUGAUAUUAUUAGAAUAAAAAAAGAUUACUAUUAAAA